AUGGCAAUGGCUUCCAUUCACAAAUUACUUACUGGCACUUACAUUCAUAGAAAUUUCCUGAGGCCAAGGGCUGCAUUACCUCCAUUUGUGGGUAAUCACUUUGUAGACUAUUCUUCCAGUAGUCUUCAGAAAAAAGUGACUUCUGUUGACAGAGCCUCCCAGCAGGGAAAGACUGAAGAGGGCUUGCAAGGGCACGACCGCGAAGAAGCUGCUUUGGAUGCACCUUCUCCUGACAGGACACCUGAAGUUAGUUUUGAUAAAGCAAUUAGAGAUGAAGCAAUAGAACAUUUAAGACGUUUGAAGGAUGAAAUUGUGGCUCAUUUGAGAGGCCCAGACGGCCGCCCACUACAAGAGGUCAUAAUGGAACAAGCCAGGGUUGUCUGGCAGUUUCGUGAGAAAGAAGAUUUGGAUAAGUGGAUAGUGACUUCUGAUAAGACAAUCGGAGGUAGAAGUGAAAUAUUCCUGAAAAUGAGCAAGAACAACCGAAGCGCCCUGCUUUAUGGAACUCUGAGCUCUGAGCCUCCUCAGGAUGGGGACAGUAGACAAAGUGGAUACUGUGCCAUGAUCUCCAGGAUUCCCCGGGGUGCUUUUGAGAGGAAGCUGUCUCAUGAUUGGUCCCAGUUCAAUACUCUGUAUCUCCGAGUUCGUGGGGAUGGACGGCCUUGGAUGGUGAAUAUCAGGCAAGACACGGAGUUUAUCCAGAGAAAAAAUCAGAUGUACAGUUACUUCAUGUUCACCCGUGGGGGACCCUACUGGCAGGAAGUCAAGAUUCCUUUCUCCAAAUUUUUUUCAAAUCAAGGAAGGGUACGAGAUGUCCAAGGCCCACUCGUAUUGGACAAGAUCUCUUCUAUAGGAUUCACUCUGUCUGAUAAGGUGGAUGGACCAUUCUUCCUGGAAAUAGAUUUCAUUGGUGUGUUUACUGAUCCAGCCCAUACAGAAGAAUUUGCUUAUGAGAAUUCUCCUGCUCUUAACCCAAGACUCUUCAGAUAGAGAACUUGGGA